AUGGUUUUUACAGAUGUGUUAAAGAAUUAUGUUAUUUAUCGCUCUAUUACCGGAAUAGGUCGAGUUGAAGACAAGAUUCAGCUUGGUACAAUGUUUAGAGAAAUCACACAUUUAGUUGGUCUCGCCAAAGUUAAUAAUCCCAGCCUAGAACUUGAACCUAACCUCGCCUUUGUUGUACAUCAGUACAUUUACCAACUUUCUAAAAUUGGAUAUUUCGGGAGAAAAGAAAAGCCACAGGCCAUCUUUGGUUUGCCAGAAGUGUUAAUCAUCAUCAACAAUUGCUUGAAGGAAGCCUCAAUCUCCGGUAACAUCACUUUCGAAUUUCAACAUGUACAGAUCUGGACACAAGGAAGAGAUGACCGUGGCUACAAGAUCAACGUGGUUAUUCAAUUGCCGCAUCUUAAAGGUCGAGGCAGGUACUUUUCUGAAAGCAAUCGAACAUUCAAAAAAACCUUCACUUCGGCUGUCAUUGAUGGCGUUGAUUACGAACGUAAUGGAGAUUUUGCUCUUUUUAUUUGCGCAUUGGCAUUCAGGAGAAAUAUUCCUAUCCCUAACUCUCCUGAAGAGUGGUACCAGGGUAAUUUGGCUUUACUUGAACUCAAAGAGGAUAGGUUAGAGGAGCCUGUUUUUAUAAACAGUUUGUUUAGUGAAGAGGUCUCCCCAUGGACGAGUGACAGUGCCGAGCACACCACAUCCCGAAGAAUAGCCAAUUCUAGUCUCAACAUUAGCGGUACAUUGUAUUCCUUCAGAAGAAAUUUUGCGCAAAUUAUUAAUGACAAUCUCUCCAACGGUACCGCCUCAACAUUGAUGGGUCAUACUCCUGCAUCCUAUACUUUAAAAAAAUCGUAUGCCGGUAGAUUUGAACGUCUUGAUAUGACUACUCUUGUAACCACAGGUGAAGCAGCUCAAGGCCAUACCGUUGAUCCACUUUUAAGACCUGCAAUGUUCCAUAUUAAGGAUAUCAGUCGUUACAAAUUAACAGUUGAAGAGAUACGUGAUGGUAUCGAUGGCGAUGAAAAGGUGACAAAUCUUUUUAAUGCAAGAGCUGACUUUAUCAAGGAGUUGAUUAAAAAGUACGGGUCUGCGUCCAGAGACGAUUGGACAGACGAAGAGAAAAAAGAUCUUUUAAAACACAAUAGAUUAUAUAAGCAAGCAAGAAGGGUGGUAACCGUACGUCUGACAAAAGAAAAAUUCCAAAGGCUUAACGAAAUGGCUCCGCGAUUUCUUGAGGUUGAUGAAAAUGGUACGGCUAUUUUAAAUGAAAAUGCGAUUGAUCUCCCAAAGAGACCUGAUCCAACACUCCCCGAGCAGCACGCUAAUGCCGAAGACGAUGAGUCUGAUAAUCAAGAAGGAAAGUCUGAUGAUGAGGCUGGCAAUGAUGACGAUGAGGCUGGCGAUAAUGAUGAUGAGAUUUUCGACGGUGAGGAAUAUUGGGCUCCCAUCAACGAAGGUGAAGACGUUGACGAUGAAGGAGAGGAAAUUGAAUACAAAGAAGACCAAGUAUCGGAUCAACUGAACAGCAGCCAAGAAAAGAUCGAGGGUCCUCCUGGUGAGCCGAAAUUACCAGAAGCAGAACGUAUCAUUAAUCGCAAUGAUAAUUUAAGACUGCAAGACUUACUAAACCUGGUGAACAUGCAUUCAAGACCAACAGGCAAGUCGAUGUGCCAAUGGUGCCUUCAAGAUGGCUUUGAGAGUCAAGAAUACCAAGCUCUUUACUCCAGAGUCCCAAUCUUUCCGGCAGAACUUGACAUGUCUUUCGCAAACGCAUCACCAGUUUUGAUGACAUACUUGUAUGCUGAAUUGUCUGAGGAAUUUAGCAAUCCAACAGAAGAUACAAUAUCCCUGGCGUCAAAUACAACGAAUUUUUGCUCGCUAUCACCAAAGAGCUGA